GAGAGAAGCAGGCAGCCCCUCGGUACCGUCAAACCUGGGUGACAUCACAGAAAAAGCAGUCUUAUUCUGUCGAAGAUUCUGGAGACAGGGGCCACAAGCACCAGGGCAAGUGCGCUGCAGGAACUUGAAGGGGUUACCGUGUGAAGCUAUUCGCCAAUAUGGGGAGUAAAGCACUACCCGCGCCGAUUCCGCUUCACCCAUCCCUCCAGCUGACCAACUACUCCUUCCUCCAAGCUGUCAAUACCUUCCCCGCGGCCGUUGAUCACUUGCAGGGACUGUAUGGUCUCAGCGCUGUGCAAACCAUGCAUAUGAACCACUGGACUCUGGGUUAUCCGCACAUGCAAGGACUGAGGUCAACAAUCACCGAAAUGGCAGCUGCCCAAAGCUUAAUGGAUCCGAGAUUUCCUUUCCCAGCUUUACCGUUUGCUGCGCACCUUUUCCACCCGAAGCAGGGUGCAAUCACGCAUGUCCUCCCCGCCCUGGCUAAAGAUAGACCGAGGUUUGAUUUUAGAAAUCUCGCCAUUGCUGCCACCCAGGAGGACCCACCGAAAUCAGGGGAUCUUUCCAAGUUGACAGCGGGCCUGGGGGGCGCGAUCUCUGAGCUAAGUAAAUUGUCCCCGGACAGAAAGCCAACGAGAGGACGGCUGCCUUCGAAGACGAAAAAGGAAUUUAUUUGCAAGUUCUGUGGCAGACAUUUCACUAAGUCAUACAACCUCCUCAUCCACGAAAGAACCCAUACAGACGAAAGGCCUUAUACCUGUGAUAUUUGCCACAAGGCGUUUAGAAGACAGGAUCACCUGAGAGACCACAGGUACAUCCAUUCCAAAGAGAAGCCUUUCAAAUGUCAAGAAUGUGGGAAGGGGUUUUGUCAAUCGCGAACUUUAGCCGUGCACAAAACAUUACAUAUGCAGGAAUCGCCUCACAAAUGCCCGACAUGCGGAAGAACGUUUAACCAAAGAAGUAACCUGAAAACUCACCUUCUCACCCAUACAGACAUCAAGCCCUACAGCUGUGACCGCUGCGGAAAGGUGUUUCGGCGCAACUGUGACUUGCGACGGCACAGUUUGACUCAUACCCCUCCUCAGGACUACUAGCCACGAAGGCUGGACAUCUAAAAACUAUUUUAAAGAACGGACAAAACAAAAACAACGGAAACAAAACAUUUUCAGACAAACCAUAGCUCUAUCGGGACAGAUAGGCUAUAACACAUCCCAGUGGACUGGUUGGAUGACUCCAUUAAUAAAACAAGCAGGAACCAAGCCUGGUUGUUUCUUCUCAACGUGUAAAU